CGAUGAAUACGGUAUUCGGUGAUUGCGGCUGAAGGGCAGAGCUCUACUAGUUGUUCUGGUACUGACAAUAUGAGUUCAUACUGAAAGCCUAACCUCAAUGUACUUAUAAUCAAAGAAUUAAAUAUCUAGAGGAGGAAGAAAACACAACGGUAGCUGCAGCACGUGAAACUCGGUGUUUGAGCUUACUCUAUCGCAAAGCCUGUUCAAAGCCACUCCUGCGAGAGUUGCUUCUAUCAACGACCGACUUCCCCGCAUGCUGAUCGUUAGUCAAGACUCCUCCGCAAAGGAGAUUCGCCCAAUUGCACAGGAUGCAUGGGCUCAACACGAUAAUGACACCGAUAAUGGAGCCGCUAGGUGGAAAGGGAAGGGAAAAGCUAUUGUACAAAACAGCAACGAUAAUAGCCCUCCCAUAGAGGUGUCAUCUGAGGCUUUCACGGUCGACUGGACGAAGUAUGAGCCUCCAGAAGGCUUAAAGUAUCUUGGAGACAUUGAUUCAGAAAUGAUCAUGCAGAUCAUUCAACAGUCCAUCGACAGAGUAAAAGCUCGGAUAGCUGACGAAGAAGACGCGAGAAAAGCUGCGGCUGAAACAGAGAAGCCGAGUCACGACGAAGCGGCUAACGAAGAAAAGGAGGCGGUUGUUCCCAAAGAUAAAGGUAUUGAGGGUAAGCAACAUGAAGACUCAAGUCCAACGAACAGUUUAGACUGGCCAUUACACUCGACCCAGGACAUCUCGAGGACUGAUGGCACUUCGGGACCUUUUUCAACUGAACUAUCGAAACGGCCGCCUGGAGUCCGGGGCCUGAUGAAGUUAUUUCGAAAACGCAACCAGGGCUCUGAGAAGGGAGAGUCGAGCGCAGCCGGCGCUGCUCAUUCCUCGGGUGAAUAUAGAGCACAUUCAGUAAAGAGAAGCAUCGUAUCAGACCUGAUCAACAAAGCGAAAGAGCCCGAAGCACCUGAUGUCGAGUGUGUCUCCUGCCUGGAUGACUUUGCAUCCUCGGAGACUGUCCGAGCCCCGUGCCACAACUACUGCAAACCUUGCUUCCACCGCCUCAUUGCCUCAGCCUGCCAGAAUGAGCAGCACUGGCCGCCAAAAUGCUGCCUGAACACCAUCUCUGAAACCACAGUCCACUCAAAUGUCAGCCCCCAGCAAUGGCAGGAGUACGCGGAGCGCGCGGUAGAGUGGAACCAGCCCGUGGCCGAUAGGAUCUACUGCAGCCAGCCAGAAUGCAGUUUGUUCAUCCGGCCCGAGUACGUCAUUCUCGCACAGGGCCUGGCGCGCUGCAGUGACGGUCACUACACCUGCAUUAUCUGUCGCAACGCGCAGCACGCCGGCGACGCCUGCCCGCAGGACGAGGACGUGAUCCGGACGAACGAGCUCGCCGAGGCCGCAGGAUGGAAGCGGUGCAACCGGUGCCAGGCCUUCGUAGAGCACUCCGACGGCUGCCAGCAUAUGACCUGUCGCUGUGGCGCAGAGUUCUGCUAUGUCUGCGGCGCGCCCUGGCAGACGUGCGGGUGCACGAUGACGCACCUCGCGCACUUCAAGCGCCAAGCGGAGGCGCGCCGACGGGAGCGGCUAGACCGUGAAGCGCGCGAGGAGGCCGAGAUCCAGGAAGCGCUCCGCCUCGUCCGGGAAUUUGAGCUCGAAGAGGAGCGCAACGCGCAGAUCCUCCGCGAGAAGGAGCGUCGACUCGCCGAGGAGCGCUGGCGCAAGAGACACCAGGAACUUCAGGCCGAACGACGGGAGGCUGCGGCGCGCUUCGAGGAGCUGCGGGAAGUUAUCUCAGAGUUGCAUGAAACACAGCGCACAGCCGUGCAGCAGCACCAGGAGAAGCGCGAAAACCAGCUCGCGAUCAAGGGCGAUGCCGUGCGAAGACGGAUGCGGGACCUCCAUGAUCUCGAGCGCGAAACGGGCCGGGCGAUAGACGACGCGCGGAUCGCGCGGCGGGAGACGGAGCUAAAAGCCGAGUAUGUAGCUCGCGCGAUCGAGGAGAGACAUAUAGAAGAGCAGUACGCCGCGAAGCUGCGGGAGUUCUUCGGAGAAGAUGGAGAAACGAAGAUGCAGGCCGCCAUGACGGAGUUGCGGACGAGGAUGGACAGAGAUUUCCGGGCAUGGAGGAAGUGGCGCGACAAUGAUCUCGCGGGAUACUGCCAUUCGCUGCGGGAGGAGCAGGGUAUACGUGAAGAGCUCAUGGAGGAGAAAGAGAGGCGUCUCGAGACGCGUAGGCAUGAGGUCAUGUUAGGCGUCGCGAAGCGGAAGACGGCGGAACUCAGGUGGGUGCGCGAGGUAUUUGAGGAGCGCGGCCGCUUGCUUGAUGAGCUGGAGAAUAGCGAGAUUGAGAAGCUUGGGGAUGUCGGCGAUCAGUUCCCUGAAGACCCCGCGGAGCAGGAAGCUUGGAUUGUGAUGAAGGAGUAGGUAUGCUUUCCAUUGUGCUUCACCAGGCAUACGUUGAAUAUGCACGCAUACGUACCUAGCUAACAUAUGGUAUGUUA